CACAGUUUGUCCUCGUGUCACCUGGUUUGGUCUCUUGUCGACACAUUCCAUCUCUCUAUGUAAAGACAGGAGCUCAUCUACCAUCAGCCCAGUAAAGAGGAACACACCACCGCUCACCAUGUUCACUGUACUUUCCCUGCUUCUACUGACAGGAGCACACAGCGCGACGGCUCGGAUUCACUCUAUGAAGCUUUUCUACACUGGGUCGUCUCAAGUCCAAAACCUUCCAGAGUUUGUGGUUGUUGUUUUGAUUGAUGAAGUUCAGAUCGGAUACUAUGACAGCAACACAAUGAAAGCAGAACCCAAACAGGACUGGAUGUUAAAGGCAACUGAUGCACAGUUCUGGGAGAGGCACACACAGAUUGCUUUUGGUUCACAGCAGGACUUCAAAAACCGCAUUGAAAUCUUAAAGGAACGCUUCAACCAAACUGGAGGUGUUCACAUUCUCCAGGUGAUGUCUGGAUGUGAAUGGGACGAUGAGACAGGAGAAGUUAAUGGUUAUGAUCAGCAUGGUUAUGAUGGAGAAGACUUCAUAUCUGUGGAUAUGGAGACAGAGACGUGGAUCGCUCCAACACCAAAGAGUGUCAUCACUAAACUGAAGUGGGAUCAGGAUAAAGGUCGACUCGCAUAUCUUAAGAACUACUACACCAAAGAGUGUCCUUCUGAUCUGAAGAAGUUCCUGGAGCAGGGGAGGAGCUCUCUGCUGAGAACAGAGCUUCCCAGGAUUUCUCUCCUCCAGAAGUCUCCCUCCUCUCCAGUCAGAUGCCACGCUACAGGUUUCUACCCCGACAGCGCCGUGUUGUUCUGGAGGAGAGAAGGGGAGGAGCUUCAUGAGGACGUGUACCAGGGAGAGGUCCUCCCCAACCAUGAUGGAACCUUCCAGAUGAGCGCUGACCUGAAGGUUUCAUCCAUCUCCCCUGAAGACUGGAGGAGGUACGACUGUGUGUUCCACAUCUCUGGUGUGAAGGAGGACAUCGUCACCAAACUGGACAAAGACUCAGUCGAGUCCAACAGAGAGAAGCCAAUCAGCGUGACCAUCAUCAUCAUCAUCAUCAUCACUGCAGUGGUCGCUCUCGCUGUCGUCAGCGCUGUCAUUGGACUCAUCGUGUACAGGAGGAAGAAAGCCCAAAGUACCUCACCUGCUGGAACAGAUCCAGGUGCCUUACAGCCGCUGAAUUCUCCAAGUGAGACUCUGUCCUGAACACAGUUUAUGGACGAGAAGCAGUGUCACCACAGUCUCCCCCUUACGCUGGGAAUUCAUUGAUUAUUCAUCACUCAAAUAAGCAGGCAACCAGAGCUCUGUAGCAGCUGCAGCUGGGACUCGUCAGCGUGAGUGACUUUGUUGAUCGUGACGACAGCAGCUGAUUGUCUGGUUGUGCUUCUGCAGACGGUCGAGCUUCACUGAGCUUUGAACAAACAGGAGAACGGAUCUUUGUGAGUCCAGCAGCAGCUCUUUAUCUGUCGCUGCUCAAAUCACUGCAGGUCACUUUGACCGGUUCAGAAAGUGUUUCAUCAUCACUGUGGUGAAAUCGUCUUGAUAAUUCAACUCAGACACAAAUCAUCCAGUUAACGAUUCCAUUUCAUUUCCAGGAAAUAUACUGAUUCAUUAUUUAUACAAAGCAACAUCAAAUUACACACAAUGAUGAGUUGUUGUCAAACAAGGACUUAGAUUUUAGGGACAAGGGACUUUUCUAUUUUAGCCUUGUUAACAUUUAAACUGCAAAAAUGAAAAGGUUUGAACGGCGCAAAAUUACUGAACUUAUCUUUUGUGAGUUUAAAAACUUCACAUCUUCUCAAAGCUGUGAGUUCUAGUGUCCCUGCUCGUCAGGCUCCAGAGGAUUCAAGCAGUUUAUUCCACAUGCAGACGUGAAAUGGAUCACCCUGAGCAGUGAAGUUCUCCAUAUGAACAUUUGAAUACAUUCAUAUCGUCCUGUUGACCACUCACACACUUUACCGUACUCACUCAGUCACAUUCACUCACUCAGUGCUUUGUUCAGUCACACAUCAAUCACACACAUUGUCCACGAAGCUGUCAGGGGUAGUUUUAGAGUUCUGAUUCUUGCUUAUGGACACUUGGGCAUGCGGACUGGAGCAGCUGGGGAUCAAACCUGUGUCCCUCUGGUUAGUGGACGAUCCGGUCUACCUCCUGAGCCACAGCCGCCGAAACAUGCAGCUGCAGAACCAGAAAUUCUGUCCUGUAUUCAACCUAAACACUCACCUUCAUGAAGUUAGGUCACGUUUCCCCUGAUGAGACAUGAGACGUGUCAUGUCACAAACGUACCAUUUUGUGUUUUGCCAACUUAACUUCAGCAACUUUACAAAUUUAACUCAGUAAAGUUAGUUGAAGCAAAUACGUUUACAAAUCCAUUGAAUAUUCUCUGUUGAUUAUAUUUAGAAAUUGCAGUAACACAAUUUCAAAUUUUUAAUUUUACAGUGUAGAAGCUGAACGUUUGAGGCUCAAUUUUCUUCUUGUGUCGGGUUUUUAUAAAUAAAUGUUAAAUUAAGCUGCUUUGCUGUUUCAUUCCUUUUGUACUUGUGUUUUUAAUAAAGUCUCUGAUGUUCUCUGAGA